AGAUGUCAUCGAUGCGUUUGCUUUUGAAAGUGUAGCAGAAGCAGAGCAUGGAACAACAAGGAAAGGAUGUAGGGCUUUCGAAGCUGUGUCUGGGGAUCUGAGAUAAUUCGAGCAUAGAUUAGGAGGCACUGGGACUCGAUCAGUGUGUAGAUUUCAAGAUGCUCAUCAUGACCUACGUUGGAUCCUUCCCUAAUCUAAGCCAGCAGCUGUCGGAUUAUGUUCUUUGACCACUGCGAACGUUCCCUCCAUCAUUCUACUUAGCACACUACAAAUGCCAACCAGCUCACCAUUAGAGCCUGUAAAUGCUUGCUUUUCCCUCUUCCUUGUGCACUCCAAGGAUGGACGGUCACUUCCAAAUGCUCUCCCCCGCUGUCAUGCUGCUUCUCCUCCUGUUCAUGAAGCUGCCUUCGUCCCUGUCGUCGUCGUCCACGAGCACAGAGACGGACCGAGAUGCCCUCGUCCUCUUCAAGAACUCGAUUCAGGAGGACCCAAAUGGAGUUCUGUGGAGUUGGCAGCUCAACCAGAGCCCAUGCAGCUGGUACGGCGUCUCCUGCUGGCAAGGAAGAGCCACCGAGCUCGACCUCAGCAGUUGCCACCUCUCGGGGACGCUCUCUUUCCGCCCUCUCUCAUCGCUCGACAUGCUGUCGGUCCUCAAUCUCUCCUCCAACGCCUUCUACAUCAACUCCACCUCUGCUCUGCUUCAGCUCCCGCCGUCGUUGCAGCGGCUCGAUCUCUCCUCUGCUGGCCUCUCCGGCCUUGUACCGGAGGACUUCUCUCGCAAGUAUCCAAAUCUUGAACAUGUAAAUCUCUCCCACAACAAUCUAACUGGUUCUCUCCCAGCGAAUCUGAUGCCACAGUCGGGUAAUCUCCGAGUUCUCGAUCUCUCCUUCAACAAUUUCUCCGGUGGCAUGUCUGAUCUUGUUGUGCUUGGCAACUCCUGCAAGGGCCUGCUCUACUUGGAUCUCUCGGCAAACAGGAUCGCCGAUGCGAUCCCUUCCUCCCUAUCCAACUGCAACGGCCUGAGGACCUUAAACCUCUCGUCGAAUGGGGUUACAGGGGAGAUCCCUCAAUCUUUCGGCGAGCUCCGAAGGCUGGAGAGAUUGGAUCUCUCGGACAACUACAUCACUGGUUCCAUUCCGUAUGGUCUGGGAAAUGCUUGCGCAUCGCUGGUGCAGCUGAAGCUCUCCGACAACAACAUUUCUGGUGCACUUCCCGACUCGUUCUACUCGUGCUAUUCGCUUCGAUUGCUCGACUUGGCGAACAACAACAUGUCCGGCCCUCUGCUGAAUGAUAUGCUGCAAAAUCUUGGUUCCUUGGAGAGCCUCUUGGUGAGCAACAACUUCAUUUCUGGGCCAUUUCCGAGCUCCGUCCUCCGUCUGCAGCAGCUGAGGAUUGCGGACUUCAGUUCCAACAAGCUCACCGGCACCAUACCACCAGAUGUUUGCUCUGGUGAAUCCUCGCUCGAAGAGCUGCGAGUUCCUGAUAACCUGAUCACCGGCCGCAUCCCAGCUCAGCUGUCCAACUGUUCGCAGCUGAAGACGAUAGACCUCAGCAUCAACUAUCUCCAAGGCCCGAUUCCGCCGGAGCUCGGAAGGCUCAAGAACCUGGAGCAUCUGAUGCUCUGGUUCAACGGCUUGCAUGGACCGAUCCCCUCGGAGUUGGGCCAAUGCUCGCGGCUCAGGAACCUCAUCGUCAACAACAACUUCAUCAGCGGCGACAUGCCGGUCGAGCUGUUCAAUUGCAGCAACCUCGAGUGGAUCGCGCUGACGAGCAACGGGAUCACCGGGGAAAUCCGCCCGGAGUUCGGCUUGCUCUCGAGGCUGGCGGUGCUGCAGCUCGCCAACAAUAGCCUGAGCGGGGAGAUCCCCAGGGAGCUCGGCAACUGCAGUAGCUUGGUGUGGCUGGACCUGAACAGCAAUAGGCUCAGGGGUGAGAUCCCGCCGCGCCUUGGCCGGCAGCUGGGAGCCAAGGCGUCGAGUGGAAUUCUGUCGGGCAACACCUUGGCAUUCGUCAGAAACGUGGGGAAUUCCUGCAAAGGGGUGGGAGGGCUGCUGGAGUUCGCGGGGAUCAGGCCGGAGAGGCUACUGCAGGUGCCGACGCUGAAGACCUGCGACUUCACUCGAUUGUACUCCGGCGCGGCGCUCAGCGACUGGACGCACUACCAAACACUGGAGUACCUCGAUCUAUCCUACAACGAGCUCUACGGCAACAUCCCCGAGGAAUUCGGAGACAUGGUGGUGCUGCAGGUGCUCGACUUGGCGCACAACAGGUUGACAGGGGAGAUUCCGGCCACCCUCGGCCGCCUCCGAAACCUCGGCGUCUUUGAUGCUUCGCACAACAGGAUGCAGGGGAGCAUUCCGGAGUCCUUCUCCAACCUCUCAUUCUUGGUGCAGAUCGACCUGUCGGACAACAACUUGUCGGGGCCGAUUCCGGCGAGAGGGCAGCUCACCACGCUUCCGGCGAGCCAGUACGCGAACAACCCGGGCCUCUGCGGCGUCCCGCUGCCCCCGUGCCAGCCACCGAGCAAUCUCCCGACCGCCAUUCCGUCGAGCUACGGGAAGCAGGAGAGAAGAAGCUCGGCAGCCGCUUGGGCGAACAGCGUCGUUCUCGGGGUCCUCGUCUCGGUGGCUUCGCUGUGCGUUCUUAUAGUGUGGGCAAUCGUCAUGCGCGCGAGGCACAGGGAGGCAGAGGAAGCCAAGAUGCUAAGCAGCCUGCAAGCCACGCAUGCGGCGACAACAUGGAAGAUCGAGAAGGAGAAGGAGCCUCUGAGCAUCAACGUCGCCACCUUCCAGCGGCAGCUCCGCAAACUCAAGUUCUCGCAGCUCAUCGAGGCCACCAACGGCUUCUCCGCGGCCAGCCUCAUCGGGUGCGGCGGCUUCGGCGAGGUGUUCAAAGCCACGCUCAAGGACGGAUCGAGCGUCGCGAUCAAGAAGCUGAUACAUCUGAGCUACCAGGGUGACCGGGAGUUCAUGGCGGAGAUGGAGACGCUAGGCAAGAUAAAGCACAGGAACCUGGUGCCGCUGCUGGGCUACUGCAAGGUGGGGGAAGAGAGGCUGCUCGUCUACGAGUACAUGACCUUCGGGAGCCUCGAGGACAUGCUGCACGGCCGAACGAAGCCGCGGGACGCGGCGCUGAGCUGGGAGGAGAGGAAGAAGAUCGCGCGCGGCGCCGCCAAGGGCCUGUGCUUCCUCCACCACAACUGCAUCCCCCACAUCAUCCACCGCGACAUGAAGUCGAGCAACGUGCUGUUGGACGACCAAAUGGACGCAAGAGUGUCCGACUUCGGCAUGGCUAGGCUGAUCAGCGCGCUGGACACGCACCUGAGCGUGAGCACGCUCGCCGGCACGCCCGGGUACGUGCCGCCGGAGUACUACCAGAGCUUCCGCUGCACCGCCAAGGGCGACGUGUACUCCUUCGGGGUGGUGAUGCUGGAGCUGCUGACGGGGAGGCGCCCUACCGACAGGGAGGACUUCGGGGACACCAACCUGGUGGGCUGGGUGAAGAUGAAGGUGAGGGAAGGGAAAGGGAGGGAGGUGUUCGACGGGGAGCUCCUGCUCACAAACGGCGCAGAGGAGGAUAAGGAGAUGGCCAGGUUCAUGGAGAUCACGCUGCAGUGCGUGGAGGACUUCCCGUCGAAGAGGCCCAACAUGCUGCAGGUGGUGGCCAUGCUAAGGGAGCUCAACUCUGCUGCUGUGGAUGGAGUUGCAACUUAAUUGCACACUACUACUGUUUUGAUCGUUCAAAAUAUCGAUAUUUCGACACUACUGUUUGUCAUAUAGCUCCUAUGAACGAUGCUUGUAAUUCCGAACACCUUGAAGGUUGCAGCUUGUUGACUAUUGAUUGAUGAUUACCACAGAAA